UUGAAUGUGCUCCGUUGUUCUCGUGAAAUGUGUGAAAUAACUCGCUCUUUUCUAAAGGAUGUGUUUCACUUUGACUGUGAGAUGUUGCCGCAUGUUUGGGCACGAGACUGAAGUUUAAAAGCAGAUUUCAUGUCUGUUUAGAUGUUUGUUGAGUCCGGGGAAAGUAAAUAAUGCGGUGUGGAGAGACUGUUAGCGUUUAACUUUGAGCGGAUUUUUCGGUUGAACUGAUAAUGUGACUGAUCAAGACGACUUAACAUAAUUACAAGUCUCAUCAAGGACUCGUUUAAAUCAGGACUCGAGCUGGUGUUAUGAGUUUAUUAAGAAUGGAAGACUGGGAUCUGUCUUAAACUAGUAAAGUCCUGAGCAUACGGUUGGCCCUCGGGCAGGAAGGACCAUGGCCCUGAGUGAGGGCUCCGAUGACCUCCGGUCCCUCAGCAAUGGUGGACCCUCAACAUUCGCCAGCGACAAAAGUUACCAUGCCAACGAAGACUCUGAGGAGGACCUGGGAGUGUCUACAUCCAAAGGGGACCCCACAUAUCCCAAUGAACAAAUCCAGCCGGAUCGGUCGGGUCAAAGAGGAAGGCUUAAAAUGAACGGAACUGUACGUCCAUCUUCGUCUGGCUCCGCUGCUUCUUCCUCGUCCUCAUUGCAUGGCGCAGACUCUCAGCGGCUGGCCAUGCUGUUACCCAACUCUCUACCACCCCAUUGUUGCACUUGUUGCGCCCCAUGUCAGCCCAUCUGCUGCAACGGGAACCAGCAGGAUUGCGCCCUCUUCCAGAGUGCUGUGUCAGCUGCACCACUUCACAUGGGCAUGUGCGGCGUGCAAGGCGUCCGAUGUUUCUGCAUGCAGCACCAAUGGCAGGAGCAUCUGCAGAACCCGCCCAACAUGACCACACUGAGCCCUCCAAGGCCCUUUCGGUUUCCCAAAAGUUAUGCAGAGCUCAUUGCUGAUUGGCCGGUGGUGGUGUUGGGGGUGUGUACUGUGCUCAUCGUCGUUUGUGCUCUGGUCGGUAUCCUAGUGCCUGACCUGCCGGACUUCUCAAAUCCUCUGCAGGGUUUUGAACCAAGAGGCACUGCAAUAGGCCAACGACUUGUAACGUGGAAUAACAUGGUGAAAAACACGGGAUACAAAGCAACACUGGCCAACUACCCCUUCAAAUACGCAGAUGAGCAGGCCAAAAGUCACCAAGAUGACAGGUGGUCAGAAGAUCACUAUGACCGAAAGAAAAGACAAGCCGAGUGGGAUUUCAGCAAAGACAGUUUCUUUUGUGAUGUACCGGGUGACAGUUAUUCCAGAAUUGUAUUUGCCUCUGCGGAGGGGAAGAACUUGUGGAAUAUACAGGCCAUAAAAUCCAUGUGCAAUUUUGACAAUACACGGGUUCGUUCUCAUCCGCAGUAUCUGGAUUUGUGUCAGCGCACCACUGCUGCCUCCUGCUGUCCAAGCUGGACGCUCGGGAACUACAUAGCUGUCUUGACAAACAAGUCCUCCUGUCAUAAGAUCACAGAGCGUGAUGUUUCACAUACUCUAAAGAUCCUGCGCUCCUGUGCCAAGUAUUAUCACAACGGCACUCUUGGCCCAGAGUGCUGGGACGUUAACACCCGCAAGAAGGACCUGAAGUGUGGCAGCGUGCCUCGGAAGUGUACAAAAUACAACGCUGUUUAUCAGAUCUUUCACUUUUUGGUGGACAAAGACUUCCUGAAUCCAAAGAACACGGACUACCUUCCACCGAACCUGAAAUACAGCAUGCUGUUUUCUCCAACUGAGAAAGGAGAAACAAUGAUGAACAUUUACUUGGACAACUUUGAGAACUGGAACUCGUCUGAUGGGAUCACAACCAUCACGGGAAUCGAAUUUGGCAUCAAACACAAUUUGUUUCAAGACUAUCUACUAACAGAUACCAUGUACCCUGCAAUAGCUAUCGUAAUAGUGUUAGUGGUCAUGUGUGUCUACACCAGAUCAGUGUUUAUAACCCUUAUGACCAUGUUUGCCAUCAUUAGUUCGCUAAUCGUCUCAUACUUCCUGUACCGUGUGGUCUUCAACUUUGACUUCUUCCCCUUUAUGAAUCUCACUGCGCUCAUCAUACUGGUCGGAAUUGGCGCUGAUGAUGCGUUCGUGCUUUGCGACGUAUGGAACUACACAAAGUUGGACAAGCCCAACUCUGAGCUCUCAGAGACCGUUAGUGUCACGCUUCAGCAUGCAGCACUUUCAAUGUUUGUGACCAGUUUCACGACGGCUGCUGCCUUCUAUGCCAACUACGUGAGCAACAUCACUGCCAUUCGCUGCUUCGGCGUGUAUGCAGGUACUGCUAUCUUGGUUAACUACAUACUGAUGGUCACCUGGCUGCCAGCUGUGGUGGUCCUACAUGAGCGAUACCUGGUCAGCCUCUUCACCUGUUCACGGUUACAACACCAGCAGACAUCUGGCAACACAACGUUUUGGACAAACCUGUGCCAGACAGUCAACAAAUGUCUUUUUGCUAUUUCAGAGGCCUCUGGGAUUUUCUUUGAUAAAGUAUUGCCUUGCAUUGUGAUAAAAUUGCGCUACUUGUGGCUCUUGUGGUUCAUGGCCAUAACAGUGGGCGGUGCUUAUGUUGUUUGUGUGAACCCAAAGAUGAAACUUCCAUCUCUUGAGCUGUCCGAAUUUCAAGUAUUCCGCUCCUCGCAUCCAUUCGAACGCUAUGACGCAGAGUACAAAAAACUCUUCAUGUUUGAACGCGUCAACCAUGGAGAAGACCUCCACAUGCCAAUCACCAUCAUUUGGGGAGUAACUCCGGUUGACAAUGGAGAUCCCCUGAACCCCAAAAACAAGGGUAAACUGACUCUUGACACGACCUUCAACAUCUCUAAUCCUGCUAGUCAGAUGUGGAUUCUCAAUUUUUGCCAGAAGCUGAGGAACCAAAGCUUUGUUUUUCAAUCUGAGGAGCAAGACUUUACCAGCUGCUUCAUGGAGACGUUCAAGCAAUGGAUGGAGAACCAAGACUGCGAUGAAGCUCCAGUCUAUCCCUGUUGUAGUCAGUCUACAUUCCCUUACAAACAAGACGUCUUUGAGUUGUGCAUCAAACGGGCCAUAAUGGAGCUCGACAGAAGCACCAUCUACCACCUCGACAGCAAGACACCAGGUCCAAGGUUCGACAUCAACGACACAAUUAGAGCAAUUGUACUUGAGUUUCAAAGUACCUACCAUUUCACGUUGGCGUAUGAGAAGAUGCAUCAGUUUUACAAAGAAGUGGAUGCCUGGAUUGAGGAGGAACUGAGGGAUGCUCCUGAUGGACUCAGCUAUGGGUGGUUUGUAAGCAACCUGGAAUUCUACGACCUUCAGGACAGCCUGUCGGAUGGCACUCUUAUUGCUAUGGCGCUCUCGGUGGUGGUAGCCUUCAGUGUGAUGCUCCUGACCACUUGGAACAUCAUCAUCAGUCUCUACGCCAUCAUCUCCAUUGCUGGAACCAUAUUUGUCACAGUUGGAUCACUGGUGCUUCUGGGCUGGGAACUGAAUGUGCUUGAGUCGGUGACCAUUUCGGUUGCUGUAGGGCUAUCUGUGGACUUUGCCGUCCAUUACGGCAUAGCGUAUCGCCUAGCACCAGAACCAGACAGAGAAGGGAAGGUGGUCUUCUCCUUGAGCAGAAUGGGCUCGGCUAUAGCCAUGGCAGCCCUCACCACCUUUGUAGCUGGCGCGAUGAUGAUGCCCUCCACAGUUCUGGCCUACACCCAACUCGGCACCUUCCUGAUGCUGAUCAUGUGCAUUAGUUGGGCCUUUGCAACGUUUUUCUUUCAAUGCAUGUGUCGUUGUCUUGGUCCUCAGGGCACGUGUGGACAGAUUCCUUUGCCAAAGAAACUCCAGUGUUAUGCUUUCGCGGAGCACAUACCUGAAACUCAAUCCAGUCAGAACCAAGGCAAGCUUUGCUACACAAGCAAGUACCAGAUGGAUAACUCAAGAGGAGAGGGUGGACUUGAACAUUACGAGCUUGAGCCAUUGGCGCUGAACAUCAGAAAUUACGAAAAAGCCACCAAUGAAGACCAGCAAGCAUGUACGCAAUUGCACAAUGGAGUUUCCCAUCACGCAAGCUUAUGUGCACCCAACGCUGAUCCAAGAGAACCAAUCCAUGACCUUGAUAAUGGCUUACCAGGUACAGAACUUCAACAUCUUCAUCCGUACACGUACAGUACAAGAUGCAGCUGUAAAAACUCGAUGCCUCGGUAUAUAAGAGACCAACAAAGAGCUCAAUACAAUCACUGCAACCAAUCUGAAGAAACCCAAUGUAAACCGUUAGCAACCAAUCACUUACAUGUGAGACACAACCCUCAGUCCACACGGGACUGGGUGAACAAUGACUGUUACAUGAAAUGUGGUCACAUCCAUCAUUGCUCGCAAAGUCCAACAUCAAGGCAGGCCAAUCACAGGUGUUUUCCUGGUGGAUACAACAUGCAUGCCGUGCAACUUUUGCAUCAGGCAAUGUUGUCGGAUACGUCAGUGCAAGACGAGUCCAAUAUUAGGGCGUGUGGCCUGAAUUCGCCUUUACCGGAAAGCUUAUGCUUACCAGCUCACAUUCAGUGUUGUGCAACAACGGACUCAACUAAAGUCUGUACAGUUAAUCAUGACACAGGGGACCAAGUGUUAAGUUCUCAGAGCCCUCAAAAGCUACCAUGGAACCAUGUAAAAACAAAAGUAAAUGGCACUUGUGUUUUGAUACAGGACAGUUGUGAGACUCAAGAACAUGUUCCAGUCGUGCCGGAAGAAAGUGCCAAAUGCAAUCAGAAUAGCAAAGACAAUAAUGAAAGGGUGGAGCCCGUCUCUCCCAAAAUAUUUAGUUGUUUUAAGAAGUCUGUAAAAGCGAAGUGCAAUUCUGUAGAGUAUCACAAGCCAAAAACCAGCGUGCCUACUAUUGCCAUUCAUUCAAAAGCCUCAUCUGAGAGUUUAUGCUAAUAUUUGAAAGGAAAAAGUGGCAUUUAAUGGGGUAGUCCCCUCAGUUUCUUGUGUUGUUUUGUAUGGCUUUCAUACAGGUGUGAAACAAAAUGACAGAAAUGGCAUUUUCUGAAAAUGGGUUAUUCAGUGUCAACUCAACCAAUUUAGUUUAUCUUUUUUUUUUUCUGGUGAAAUGCUUGCAUAAAUAAUGAUAAAAGCCAAAAUAUAAAAUGCCAUUAAUCAAUAUUUACUCCGUAAUCCAAUAUUUUCCCAAAGGGGGGGUCAAAGUGACAAUUUUGGGCCUAUGAUUUAAGGCAAAAUAUAGAAAAAAAAAAACAUUACAGGUACUCCAACUUUGAAAAAACAGCACAGUGUUUUUUAUUUAUUUUUGACUCACACCAUUGGCAUAUAAUGCAACAAUUAGACCUACAUAUCUUUGUGUAAAAAUUAAAUAAUAAUGCUGCCACCUGUCUAAGGUUAUUUUGUUUUUACCUGUAGUUUUGAACCAAAAUCAUAGGCGAAAAUUGUCAUUGACACCCCUCAAAUUAAUGGAUUACUCAGUAAAUAUUUAUCCAUGGCAUUUAAUAUUUCAGCUUUGAUCAUCAAUAAUGUUUAUUCAGAAAAAGGAUUACAAAAUCUAAAAUAACAGGGAAGGGGAAGUUUUUUAAAUUUGGUUGAUUUGACACUGAAUAACCGUAGCUCACCAUCCCUUGAAUGAGAUAUUACCAUAUUGUUGACAUUUAUUUCUGUGCAAUCAAGUGGGAGAAAAAAGAAAACUGGUGGAUUCAUGACACUUAUGUAUAUGUGAAUAUUAACACGAAAUCAAGCCAUCAAAGCAUUCAUGACUCGUUCAUAUUUGUACACGAAGUCUGGUUAAAAGAGGCAUAAAUUUGCCCUACAUGCGGUAUUGUCAUUAUUUUAGUUUUUGUUUUGUUUUUUUACAUUUUCACACGUCUAGCCACAAGCCAUCAAUUUUAAAUGGAAACAGAAAAACACACUUUAUUUUCCUAUACAUUUCAUAUGAACGUGUGUGUGUAUAUAUAAAUAUAUAUAUUUGUAUGUGUGUGUGUCGUGUAUGUAUUUGAGUCAUGCAGUUUGUUGAUGCUGAUUUGAACGUUUCGCCUGUAAAGUUUUAAAUAAUUUUACAAGUAAACUCCAGUAGUUUCUGUGAUGGCUAUUUUUAAGGCUGAUUGACUGCAUUGUUUCAAAGUCCUCAGUUCCUUCCAGUUUCUUUGGUGGUUGAAAGGCAGCCAAAAUCUCCACCUUCUGCAGUGAGCAAACAUUACAUUUGCCUCAGGAUUUCACAGAAAUUGAGUCACGACAGCAGAAAAAAAAAACCUAUUUCACUAUAAACUAAAGAAAAACACUUUUGCCAAAUACACAUGUGAAUUAAAGGGAUAGUUAAAAAAAAUCUGUCGUCAUUUAUUACAGUUGAAGUCAGAAGUUUACAUGCACAUAGGUUGAAGUCAUUAAAACUCCUUUUUUAACCACUGCACAGAUUUAAUAUUAGCAAACUAUAGUUUUGGCAAGUCGUUUAGGACAUCUGCUUUGUGCAUGACACGAGUAAUUUUUCGAACAAUUGUUUACAGACAGAUUGUUUCACUUUAAAUUGACUAUAUCACAAUUCCAGUGGGUCAGAAGUUUACAUACACUAAGUUAACUGUGCCUUUAAGCAGCUUGGAAAAUUCCAGAAAAUGAUGUCAAGCCUUUAGGAAAUUAGCCAAUUAGCUUCUGAUAGGAGGUGUACUGUAUUGGAGGUGUACCUGUGGAUGUAUUUUAAGGCCUACCUUCAAACUCAGUGCCUCUUUGCUUGACAGGAUGGGAAAAUCAAAAGAAAUCAGACCUCAGAAAACAAAUUGUGGACCUCCACAAGUCGGGUUCAUCUUUGGGAGCAAUUUCCAAAUGCCUGAAGGUACCACGUUCAUCUGUACAAACAAUAGGACACAAGUAUAAACACCAUGGGACCACGCAGUCAACAUACCGCUCAGGAAGGAGACGCAUUCUGUCUCCUAGAGAUGAACGUAGUUUGGUGCGAAAAGUGCAAAUCAAUCCCAGAACAACAGCAAAGGACCUUGUGAAGAUGCUGGAGGAAACAGGUAGACAAGUAUCUAUAUCCACAGUAAAACGAGUCCUCUAUCAACAUAACCUGAAAGGCUGCACAGCAAAGAAGAAGCCACUGCUCCAAAACCACCAUAAAAAAGCCAGACUACAGUUUGCAAGUGCACAUGGGGACAAAGAUCUUACUUUUUGGAGAAACGUCAUCUGGUCUGAUGAACCAAAAAUGUAACUGUUUGGACAUAAUGACCAUCGUUAUGUUUGGAGGAAAAAGGGUGAGGCUUGCAAGCCGAAGAACACCAUCCCAACUGUGAAGCAUGGGGGUGGCAGCAUCAUAUUGUGGGGGUGCUUUGCUGCAGGAGGGACUGGUGCACUUCACAAAAUAGAUGGCAUCAUGAGGAAGGAAAAUGAUGUGGAUAUAUUGAAGUAACAUCAAGACAUCAGUCAGGAAGUUAAAGCUCUGUCGCAAAUGGGUCUUCCAAAUGGACAAUGACCCCAAGCAUACCUCCAAAGUUGUGACAAAAUGGCUUAAGGACAACAAAGUCAAGGUAUUGGAGUGGCCAUCACAAAGCCCUGACCUCAAUCUGAUAGAAAAUGUGUGGGCAGAACUGAAAAAGUGUGUACGAGCAAGGAGGACCUACAAACCUGACUCAGUUACACCAGUUCUGUCUGGAGGAAUGGGCCAAAAUUCCAGCAGCUUAUUGUGAGAAGCUUGUGGAAGGAUCCCCAAAAGAUUUGACCCAAGUUAAACAAUUUAAAGGCAAUGCUACCAAAUACUAACAAAGUGUAUGUAAACUUCUGACCCACUGGAAAUGUGACGAAAGAAAUAAAAGCUGAAAUAAAUCAUUCUGUCUACUAUUAUUCUGAUAUUUCACAUUCUUAAAAUAAAGUAGUGAUCCUAACUGACCUAAUACAGGGAAUGUUUUCUAUGAUUAAAUGUCAGGAAUUGUGAAAAACUGAGUUUAAAUGUAUUUGGCUGAGGUGUAUGUAAACUUCUGACUUCAAAUGUAUAUAAUUCCAAACAUCAGGAGAUGUUGGGCAGAAUUUUAGGGGCUGACCAUUCACUCUUAUUGUAUGGAAAAAAGUUGUAAUAAAAAAUUGGUUACUGUUAA